AUGUUGUCAUUUCGUUACAAUUUCUAUGAUAUUACAGAAUCAGAUUCAGAUGAAGAAGAGAUAGCCUCGAAUGGAUUGGUCAUUAAUAAAGUACAUGAAACAAAUGAAAUUGGGAAUGCAAUUUUGUCUCCUUUGGAUUCAUUGAUAUGUAGAUCACCUGAAUCAUCACCAGUACCAAUUGUCACAGCAGGUGGCCAUAAUAAUGAUAUUGAAUCUGAAUUAACUUCACCCACACAAGAUAACAAAUCCCAAUCCGACACUUCUUAUUUACAAACCGAUGAGGAUCUCCAGGAGAUUAUGGUGAAUUUAAAGAUUGAUUCAAAAUUACCGAAGUUUAAUAGACUUGAAUUUGAUAGAUUGGUAAUACCUCUAAGGAAUACAAAAGAUAGUAAUACACUACCUAACAGAAUAACCCAGAAUGAUUUGUCGUCAGAUCAAACUACUAGAUUAUCAUCAGUGGCUUCCACAAAAAAUUUGGUUUCUGAACUUAUUUCUUCAAUAAGUGAAAGAUUUGAAUCAUUGGAAAUGGCAAAUAAUAAAGAAGUAGCGAGAAUCAUUAAUGAAAAAAAGGUCCAAGAACAAGAACGUUUAGCCAGGAUAGAAGAGGAACGUAGGAGGAAAGAGGAAGAAGCUAAACGUUUGAAGGAAGAAGAAGAACGUCAAAGACUUGAAUUAAUUGCUAAAAAGAAAGCUGAUGAUGAAAAGUUAAGACAAGAACAAUUAAAAGCAGAACAGGAGGCUAAGAAGAAAGAAGAAGCUAAAAAAUUACAAUUGAAACGAGAAGCUGAAGAAAAAGCAAAAGAAGAAGAACGUGAAGCAAAUCGUAAUAAAUAUAGUACAAAUUUUAGAAAGAUUGAAAAGAUAUUCUUACAUUAUAAAGAAGAAAUUCAAUUGAUUAAAAAAGAUAUUGUUGAACCAGUUAAGAAUAUUGAUAAAGAACAAAAAAAGAUAUUAUCAAGUCAUAGAAGAAAAAUCAAUCCUAAAUUUGGACAACUGACAAAUUCGAAUCAACAGUUGAUUGCUGUGGCCAAUGAAUUAGAUAAUUUAAUCUCUCAAACAACAGCACAACCUUUAAUGUUCAAAUGGAUAUUAAAUUUUGUAGCAAAGGCAAUUGUUCAUCAAGCCGAAAAUGAAGUUAGAGUUAAACCUGAAUCAGCCUUACCAUUAGCUAAACUUGCAUUGUAUUUGAUUCAAAAAUUCCCUGACUUAAAGGAAUUAUUAAUGGCUAGAUUCGUUAAAAAGUGUCCAUUUGUUAUUGGAUACACUUGUUCUAUUGAAACAGAAAAUGGGCGUACUGCCAUGGGUUGGAAACGUAAUUCUGAAAAUAAAUGGGAAGCUUCAACAUCAUAUGAUGAAAGAAUUGGUGGUAUGGUUACUCUCUUUUCUGUAAUCACUAGACUUGAUACGAUGAUUCCAGGAUCACAAAAUCCGUGGCCAUUAGAGUAUUCCUGGAUGAUGUUAGCUAGAAUUGCUAAUACACCUGUGGCACAGUUAACAAACGUCCAUUUUAUUGUUCUUGGUUCAUGGUGGGAUGCCGCAGCAUUACAAUUCUUACAACAAUAUGGUAAUCAAAGUGCCAAAUUGAUGAGAUUAGUGGGUGAUGACUUAACUUCAUCAGUCGCUGACAAGAAAUAUGUAGGUGCAGCAAGAUUAAGAAUAUUAAUGGAGGAUUGGGUCUCUAACAAUAACAUAACAGCAUUCCCAGAAAUGGAUCCAUAA